GUUUUGCAACUGUGUGGGAAAAAGAAAUCUCUGGCAGGGGCUGCUCAGAUUCUCUUGAAAGGAGCAGAUAGAUUAAGUAAAUCUGUGGCAGAAAACCAGGAACAUAAACGGCAAAGAGACUUCAACUCUGAACUGCUCAGACUGAGGCAACACUGGAAACUAAGAAAAGUUGGCGACAAGCUUCUUGGGGACCUGAGUUAUAGAAGCGCAGGGUCCCUUUUCCCUCACCAUGGGACAUUUGAAGUCAUUAAGAAUACUGACAUAGAUCCAGAUAAGAAAAUUCCAGAUGAUUAUUGUCCCCUUGAUGUUGUCAUUCCGAGUGAUCUGGAGGGAUCAGCAUAUAUUAAGGUUUCUAUUCAGAAGCAGGCUCCUGAUAUUGGGGAUCUUGGUACAGUUAAUCUCCUCAGGCGACCUACACAAAAGCCCAAACCAGGUACUGCACAUUGGCAGACCAAGCUGGAAGCAGCACAAAGUGUUCUCCUGUGUAAGGAAAUCUUUGCACAGCUCUCUCGUGAAGCAGUGCAGAUUAAAUCUCAAAUACCUCAUAUUGUGGUGAAAAAUCAGAUCAUCUCGCAACCUUUUCCAGGUUUGCAGUUAUCAAUUUCCUUGUGCCAUUUUGUAAAUGACAAGAAGUCCCAGAAAGUUUCUGUGGAGAAUCAACGACCAGAUGAUCACUUGUACGUGCUGGAACACAAUCUUCAUCAGCUGAUGAGAGAGUUCCAUAAACAGACACUGAGUUCUUCUAUGAUGCCUCACCCAGCAACUGCACCUUUUGGUCUGAAGAGGAUGAGAGUGGUAGGUCCACAGGCAUAUGACAAAGGCGAGAUUAGUGCCUUACAACACAAUGAAGGAUUACUGGAGAAAAUAAUCAAACAGGCAAAACACAUCUUUCUGAGACGUAGAACGGCAUGGACCAUUGAUAGUUUGGCCAGCCGCAUUGAGGAUCCACAGAUACAAGCUCAUUGGUCAAACAUUAAUGAUGUCUAUGAAUCCAGCGUUAAAGUGUUGAUUACAUCUCAAGGCUAUGAACAGAUAUGCAAAUCAAUCCAGUUGCAACUAAUCAUUGGUGUUGAACAGAUUAAGGUGGUACACAGAGAUGGGAGAGUAAUUACACUGUCCCACCAGGAGCAAGAGCUGCAGGACUUCCUUCUCUCCCAGAUGUCUCAACAUCAAGUUCAUGCAGUCCAGCAAUUGGCCAAAGUAAUGGGUUGGCAUUUGUUGAGCUUCAGCAGCCAUGUAGGUUUAGGUCCAGUAGAGAGUAUCGGAAAUGCUUCUGCAAUAACUGUGGCUUCACCCAAUGGAGAGUAUUCUAUUUCAGUGCGGACUGGGCCUGAAAGUGGCUGUAAGGUGGUGGUGCAGUUUCCAAGAAGUCAGUGUAAAGAUCUUCCCAAAAGCGAUGUGAUGCAGGACAGUAAAUGGAAUCACCUUCGAGGACCGUUUAAGGAAGUGCUGUGGAGUAAGAUGGAAGGGCGUAAUUUUGUGUAUAAAAUGGAACUAUUAAUGGCUGCCCUUGCUCCUUGCCCAUGACAAAUGUAUUUUAUGAGUGAACAUUUGUUCUGUGGAUAUUUCUAUCUGUUUUUUGCAGAGAGUACCAAUGAUUUUGAAACAGUGGAUUGCAAACUUGAAAAAUUAGUGUUUCCUGCAUUUAUCCUGUCAAUAAACACAGAGAGAAAAAUAGUACUUUUCUAAGCUGGUUGUUAGGUGCUUGAUGUGAUGCAGAUGUAUGAAAUAUUGUUUGUUGAGUGUGGCUUCAUUUUUGUAUAAUAAAAUCCUAUCAAGAAUGUAAAUAAAAUACGGUAUGCUUCACCAGUA